AUGCUUAUCAAAGGUGCUAUCCUUGUCAUCGCCCUCUUAUCUUCACUCGUCAUCCAUGCUGAGGCCGAGGAUUGUAAAUCGACCACGUAUUACAAAAAAUAUGAAACCUACCCAGUCUACAAGACGGAUUACAAGUACGUGACCGUUUAUAAAACGGAUUACAAGACCUACCCGGUUUACAAGACGGACUAUAAGUACGAGACCAAGUACAAGACCGAGGUUAAAUACGUCACCAAAACUGAUUACAAAACUGAUUACAAGUAUGAAACCAAAACCAAGUAUGCUACUUAUCCCGUCUACAAGACCGAUUACAAGACCGAAUACAAUACAGUUUACAAGACAUAUUACAAGACCGAUUACAAGACAGACAUCAAGUACGAGACCAAGUACGAGACCAAGACCAAAUACGAAGUCAAGACCAAAUACGAAGUCAAGACGAAAUACGAUGUUGAGACUAAAUACAAAACCAUUCCAGUCUACAAGACCGAAUACAAGACCGAAUACAAGACCGAAUACAAGAAAGUGGAUAAACAUGAUGACAAAGAGAAAUCCUAUUAA